UUCUUCUCCUGACUUCUUCCCAAAAAUGACAAAAGGAACGAGAACAACUUAUUUCGGGAGGGGGAAAAAAAGAAAGAAAAAACACGUGUUGCGUCACUUGAUUAUUCACCGAAGCCACAAGAGCGGAAACGCUCGGUUCUGUCCCCCCCUCCCCGGGUCCGCCGGUCCACCUUAACGGCCUCGUCACAUCUGCCCAAUGAAUCAGGAGCGGAUGCGAUGUAUCCUUUUUCAGGGGCCUCAAUGGCCAGUGGGAGGUGUCUUCUGGUGCAGCAAACACCGCGAGCCCCCCCUCGUCCUCAUUCAUUCAGAGCUCACAGGCCCGCCAAGCACCAAGCGAGCGAGCAGGGAGCCGAGCCAAAGCCAGUCUUGACGCCCCGCACACCGCAGGAGCUCCCGCUUUGGAUCUAACUCCCUUCGCCUUUGCGCCAUUUUAACGCUCGCUCUCCUUUCCGCUCACUUUUUACCCACUUCCACGCAGGGACUCGGACUCCGCACGGUCCUGGCCGGAGAUCGGCCUGCCUAUCGUCACGUUCCCCGCUCCGUGUAAAAAGUACGAGUGGAGUUGCUUUGGAUUUACUCAAGUGUUUUUGCGCUCGGGAACUUUACCGAAAUUAAAGGGAAUUAACGCAAACAGGAUACACGCACUUGGAUUAGUAGGCUGUGAAUGCUCCGCGUUCAAUUUGCGUGGGGGACAACGCAUUUCCUUUCUGGAUGGACUCUUGGUAGGCUGCCUGCUUGAUGGAUUCGAGCCUAUGGACGCUUGCAUAUAGGUUUUCCGAUGCAUGCCAAGUCCACGGUGAAUGUCGGAAGUGGUGAUCCCCCCAGAUGGAGCUCCAAAGUCAACAUGGCCCCGGCGGUUCAUUAGUGGUGAUCCAGCAGCCUUCCCUCGAGAGCCGCCAGAGGUCGGAUUACGAGCGGGAGUUCCAGCAUGCUGCCAUCCUCUCCCUGGAUCAGAUCAAGGCCAUCCGCUCCAGCAACGAGUACACGGAGGGCCCGUCGGUGGCGCGCCGCCCGCCCGUGCCCCGCAUGCCGCCGCGGCCGCACGACAAGCAGGAGAGAACUCACGAGGUCAUCCUGGUCAAUGUGAACAACAAUUAUGAGCACCGACCAGCCGGAGGCGUGGUGGUGGGCGGCCACCACCAUUGGGGCAGCGGCGGUGGCUCCAGGGUGCCGGUUCUGAGCCGUUCUACCAGCACGGGAAGCGCGGCCAGCUCGGGGAGCAACAGCAGCGCCUCCUCCGAGCAGGGACUCCUGGCGCGCUCGCCGCCCGCCAGACAUAAUGCCAACUUGCGGCCCGUUCGGACUCAGCCCAAAGCCAAAGGGCCGCUCGUGGGCCACGAUUCUGGCUCUCAUUUGCCACUCAAGGGCAAAACGGACUUCUCCAGCCCUGGGAAAGAGCCGCCUCUGCCGCCCGCAGUCUCCGGGCACCAGUUCAUCUGCGAACGUUGCGGCAAAUGCAAGUGCAGCGAGUGCACGGCCCCCCGCAGCCUGCCCUCGUGCCUGGCGUGCAACGGUCAGUGCCUGUGCUCGGCGGAGAGCGCGCUGGAGCACGGUACGUGCAUGUGCCUGGUCAAGGGAAUCUUCUACCACUGCUCCAACGACGACGAGGGGGACUCUUGCGCCGACCACCCUUGCUCGCCGUCGCAUUCGCACUGCUGCUCGCGCUUCCUGUGCAUGGGAUUAAUGUCAAUACUCUUCCCCUGCUUACUGUGCUACCCGCCGGUCAAGGGCUGCCUGAAGGCGUGCCAGGGAUGCUACGACCGGGUGCGGAGGCCCGGCUGCCGAUGCAAGAACUCCAAUACUGUGUACUGCAAACUGGAGAGCUGGGCCCCGCAAAACCAGGAGAAACCCUCCUGAUCGCACCACCUUAACCCCCCAACACAGACAAUAAUGACAGCGAUAAAACCUAGCAAGCACCUCCAGCCCGUCUUCCCUUGAAGAAAAACCACUUGUUUGAAAACAAAAACACAUUAUUUUUCUGCUUCAGGACCGUGUUUUUACACACCAGUGUUUGCCUUAACCGUUCCCGCGUUGUUCCUCGAGUCUCUUCUCGGAUUUCUGUAUUGUGUUUCUACCUGUUUUUCCUGUGAAGGAGCGUCUUUUCAGAGUAGGAUUUCCCAAACUCGCCCUCCGGUAAUUUCAACUCAAAUUGUAGAGAAAUUAAGUCAAGAGAAUGCAAUGCUGGUUUAAAAUAUGGGGACAACCCUCAUUUAGGAAACCCUGCAGGGUAUUUGAAAAUUAACCUAUAUGUUAACACAAAUGGUGCAUGAAUUAUGGACAUAUUCUGGGUCCCUGACUCUCAUUUAGCUUAUCUUUGUUUCUCAAAUUUAGCACUGCUUACCACAACCAAUUGCUAACAUCCCAUCAAACCAAAAUAUAUGAUACAAAAUAGGGCUGCAGCUAUCGAUUAUUUUAGUAGUCGAUUAAUCGAUGAACUAGUCAGUUCGAAUAAUCGAGUAAUCGGAAAAGGAACAUGAAAAAUUAAAAUGCCUGAGCUGAGCCUCAAACGGUAUUAAAAAUAAAUAAAUGAGCAUCUAUGUACAACAAAAGAACAAUUGGCUAACUUACAUAGCAAAAGUCCGCUAGCUUAAAUGCUAUAAAAUGCUUACGUUUUUUUUCCAAUGCUCUUAACAAAUGAUUCAGACUCAUAUUACCACAAAAACUACUAAAUAUACAUAUAAACUAGGGCUGUCAAACGAUUAAAAAUUUCAAUCGAGUUCAUCACAACUUUAAAAUUAAUUAAUCGUAAUUAAUCGCAAUUCAAACCAUCGAUAAAAUAUGCCAUAUUUUUAUGUAAAUUAUUGUUGGAAUGGAAAGAAAAGACAAGACGGAUAUAUACAUUCAACAUACGGUACAUAAGGACUGUAUUUGUUUAUUAUAACAAUAAAUCAAGAUGUUAUUAACAUUAUUAACAUUCUGUUAACGCGAUCCAUGGAUAGAAAGACUUCUAGUUCUUAAAAGAUAAAUGUUAAUACAAGUUAUAGAAAUUUUCUAUUAAAACCCCUCUUAAUGUUUUCUUUUUAAUAAAACGUAAACAUUUUCAAACAAAAAAUAAACUAGUUGCUCGCCAUUGUUGAUGUCAAUAAUUACACAAUGCUCAUGGUGCUGAAACCCAUAAAAUCAGUGGCACUCAAGCGCCAGCAGAGGGUGACAAACACCAUAAAACACAAGUAACAAAUGCACAUGACACUGUGCUGUCAUUUUAAUCUGUUUGAGCAGGGCAUGUGCGAUCAAUGCGUCAAAUAUUUUAACAUGAUUAAUUAAAACAAAAAUUAAUUACCGCCCGUUAACGCGAUAAUUUUGACAGCCCUAAUAUAAAAUAAAUUACGAAUGCAUUUAAAAAGAAAAACUUGGCUUACGUUGCUCUUAACAGGGAGCAGUUGGAUUCAGCCAUGUGAAAUGAGGCAGACCAGAGGGCAAUGUAUCCACCCUAAUCAAUAAACUAAAUGUGAACACUUUCAAAAUAAAACAUUACAAUGCCACUUUAAUUAAAUGAAUACUCGAGGCAAAACGAUGUAAUUUGAAUAUUUUUUUCUUCUCGAAUACUCGAGUUAAUCGAUUAAUGGUUGCAGCACAAAUACAAAAGAACUAAUUUGACAUUGGAAACUCAGUUUGGGAAAUCCUGCUUUUUUUUGGGCUCUUAUUUCUAAGGGCGAUAAUGUAGCUGUUACCUACAGGUAUCUUUAUUUUUCUUUUUGAAUUAGCAGUUGCUCAACCACACUAAAAACCUCCUCCAUGCUUAUGUUGCAUUAACACAAGCACCUCCAUCGCAUAGUAUUUCUUUCCUCUCCAGAUGGAAUAUGUUUCUCUUCCUCCCAUUUAUUUUGUGUACAUUGUAUGCUAAAAAGAGGAAUUCUGGCUAUUUUGGUUAAGAAAUUCUGUUCAAAUUUGUUUUUUGUUGUUGUACAAAAAAUAUUUAUUAUGUGAAGCUCUAUUAUUUUAUGAUAUUUAUUGCAAGAGACAGUCUUAAAAUUUUACUCAUGUCUGAAUAUAACAAAAAAUAUCAAAUACUUACUGAGAGAAAAUUGAAAAGGGUGGCACAAAAGAAAAACUAUGUUAACUUUAAUGCAGAAAAUAUAUUAAUGAAUGAAAACAAGCGCUUGUCUGACUUUUUCUUCCGUAAUUGUUCAUUCCGAACGCGUAUUUUGCUGGAACUUUGGCAGUUUGAAUGUGACGUUGACAUCGCAUCCCCUCCGCCCCACUGCAGGAAGUCGCUCAACAAGUCACCGCAUGACCCUCGCGAUCCGAUUCCCAAAGGCGCUCUCCAUAUUGCAUGUGUGCGCGCGUCCAUUACCAGGCCACCUGUUCAAAGAUAAUAAAAACGA